AUGUUCGUCUUGAUGCUGUGCCCCUUCUCUACCCCCUCCCGCUCACCAGUAAUGUCCCGCCCAGUGAUCCAGCCCCUGAGUGCAGGGGCCACUGCCCCAGAGGCGUUGUCCCUGCUACACCAGCGUCUCUUGGUGGCGGAGGAGCAGGCAGAGUCUCUCAUCAGAGAAAUGGGCAGUCUGGGAGUGUCUAGAGAGCAGCUCCUGGAGCCCGUGGAGAGGGACCCCAUUCAGCGUCCCAUUAGCCCCGUGAAGAUGCACCAUGCCCUAAGAGAGCCCGGAGGAGAAGGGCUACUGUGGCGCCAGUGUGAUGGGCUAGUGAGCAGGGUAUGUCGCAUGGAGAGCCUCCUGCAGACCCUCAAGCUCACAACUUUUCGCUUGGAGACUGAGAGAGACCUGGAUCCCUCACACUCAGCCCGUCUGAAGGAGCAGUUGUCUGCGCUGCAGCAGGAGAGUGAUGAGGAGCAGCGGGUCUCCAGAAGGGAGGUGAUGCGGCUGAGGGACCUGCUCCGCGAUGCCUGUCUGGACAGGGACAAGUCCCGGGGGGAGGUGCAGAGACUUGGGGAGGCCCUGGAGGUCGCCACCACCUCCAAGAUGGAUGUGGCUCUUGCUGCAGAGGAGCUGAAGAUGGUCAAAGUCCAGAUGAGUGAGAAGCUGCUGCAGCUGAAGGAGCAGAUGUCCCAGGAGUCUGCUCGGUCUUUUGAGAAUGAGAAAUCCCACAGUGCACUACUUCAGAGGGCCCACACAGUGCAGGCAGACUGCCAUGCCCUGCGUUCUGAUGGACAGGCCACUAGACAGAGACUACAAGAGGAGAAGGACAGAGGCCACAGGCUGCAGGAGCAGUGUGAGCAGCUCAAAGGGCAGCCCUGCAGAAGCAGCAGCAAGAAGAACAGCAGGUUACUGAGAGAUGGGGGAGAUCUGAGGACUGCAGCUGACAAAGUCCAAGCAUUUAACAACCAGUUGGAGAGUCAGUGCUCUGAGUUGAGUUCAGCCCUACAUUCUCUUACUGUGGAGAAAUCCAAGCUACUGACUGAACACCAGGCUAGCAUUAAGGCAGAGAGAAGUCGUGUGACCAAGCAGUUGCAGGAGCAAGACCUCCUGCUGGAUGCAGCCAGACGCAACAUUCAGGCAGAACUGCAGGGGGCGCUAUCAGCUAAAGUUAAAUUGCAGAUGGAACUGGAGACUCUGAAGGUUGACCACACCCAACUACUUCAGAGUUCCAUGGUUGCCCAAGAGACAGUUGCCACUCAGCGGGAGCUGUUGGAGCAUACCAUUGAGAGGCUGCGGGGGAAUCUGAACUCUGCUGUAAAGGAAGGGGAGGUCAUGAGGACAGACCGGGACUGUGCGAAGACUGAGAUGUGCAUUGUGGUCACCAAGCUAGAGGGUGAGAGGAGUGCUCUGGAAACACAACUCGCUAAUGUCAAGCUGGAGGCAGGAUCUCUGAACUCCACCUUGCAGAAGCAGGAGGAAGAGAAUAGGAGGCUCAUGGGAAAACUGGCUGUCAUGGAGCAUCAGCAGAAUGCUCAGCAGCAGGUGGAGCAGAUGCUUAAGGAGCUGACGGAUAGUAAGAACAACCUGGCCUAUGAGAAAGGGAAGCUACAGACCAGGGUAGAUCAACUCCAGGAGGAGCUGCAAGCUUUAAGGGACACCCAUGUAGAAAGUGUCCAACAAUGCAAGCUGAGCUCUGUGUUAGAGAACAAGUACACGCAGGUCAGCUCUGAAAUUAGCACCCUGAAGACAACCUGUCAUGAACUGGAGGCUCAGCUCAGACAGGCCCAGGCUGAAGUCCAGGUGAAGGAGAGGGAGGCGACGUCUGUGGUGGCAGCCAGAGACGAAGCUCUGCGGGACAGCCAGGCCCUGAGGGGACAACUGGACAAACUGCAGAAGCAGCACAGGGACAAGCUGUGUGAGCUGGAGGGCUGGCUGGGUGUGUCUCGUCAGGGUGGGGGCAGUGUGGCUCAGACCCUGGAGAACGUUUUGGUCUCCCACUCCCGUCUGCAACACAACACUGAGACAGUACAGAAGGAGCUGGGGAGACGAGAGCAGGAGCUGGCCUCACUCAGGAGAGACAGACUGCAGGGUCAGCGAGAGAUUCAGAAGCUACAGGCAGAGGUGGAAAAGCUCCAAGACAUCAUGGCAACAAGUAACUCCAAGAAAAACAAAAUGCUGGAGCCCUUGCGUAAGGCCCUGGAUGUGGCAAGGCUAGAUAACAAGAAACUAGCCCAAAGUUUAGAGCAGGCUGUGUUGGCCAACAGCACUCUGCAGGCCAACCUGGACCGAGCCAGAGACCAACACCAGAGCACCAUCACACAGAGAGAGGUGGAGCUGGCUGAGGCCAGGGCAGAGAUUGGUCGAUGGUCAGAGCAUCUGGAAUCGAUGAAGCUUCGGAUGAGGAAAGAGAGGGACUCCAUGAAGAGGUUGUCACAGGGAGAAAUCUCAGAGUUGAGAAAGGCUCUUGAGGACUUGUCAUCUAGGUCAGGUGACCUCUCCAGGGCAAAUCGGGAGCUGCGGGAGAAGACCUCUGAGUUGGAGAAAGUGGUGUCCAAUCAGAAAGCCCGUCUCAGAGAUCAGAAGACACAGCUCAAGCAACACCUAGAUAAUAGAGCCACUCUGGGCAACUCUCAGAAAAUAAAAGACAUGGAAGGUGAACUAAAGAGCCUCAAGACCUUGAAGGAUCAGUAUCAGAAGAAGAACUAUGAGCAGAGUGAGUUGAUCCAGCAGUUCCGGUCCGAGACAUUAUCCCUCCAGCGGGAGCUACGGCGCCUGUCCUCCAGCCAGGAGGGGGAGCUAGAGGCUGAGAGGGAGCUGAGACACGUCAUGCAAGACAAGUGUCAGAGGCUGGAGGAGAGCAUCAAGAAGCUGCAGGAGGCCAAAGACCAGGCAGAGCAGAAAAUGAAAGAGGUCAGCCUGGAGUCACAGCAGAUAUCAGAGAACCUAGAGGAAGCUCACAGUUGGUUCCGGUCCAAGUUUGACAGCCUGAAGAGUGAUGGAGAGCCAAACAGAUCCAUGGGGGAUGAGGAACCACAAGAAAAUGGAGACUACACCCCGGGAAGCAGUAAAGGGGGUGCACACAGUUCAUCAUGCAAACGCAACAGAAAGACUCUGUGUGAUAGCAGGCCUCCAGAACCUCCAGAGUGGGAGAGAUGGAGAUCCACCAUUCAACGUUGGGAGACCAAGAGAGAGCUGGCUCGCAUUGCAAAUGGAUACAAACCUGGUGGGAUACAUGCACUGACACACUCACACACACAAUAAGACACGCAUACUGUAUAGUACACGCACUGGACCAAGGCACAUGGAGAAACCAACCCCUCACACAAUGAUCCCUUUUAUUUACCCAAAACAUUGAACACCAAGAAAUAUGAGCUGAGAACUGUGAUGUCAUCCUUUUAUCUCAGUCUGCACUGUGUAAAGCUGGUUUUGAACAUGCUGUUUUCAGAAUAAGAACCGUACAAUUAUAACUUAUACAAAGAUUGUUCUUAUUUUUAGAGAUUCUUCAUACAAAAUUAUAAUAUUACUGUGUACA